CAACCGCUGACCUUUUAAGUUAGCAGCCAAGCGCUUUAACCACUGCGCCACCAACGCUCCUUUGGCCUUUGCAGACCACUUAGGAAAUCUCUGUGGUUUGGGAAACUGAGGCAGAUUCCCUUUGGAUGGGAGAUGGCAGAAGUUUCUUGAUGUUAUGAGACAAACUGCUUGGAUUGUAGGUCGUGAAAAUUGCUAUUACAGACACUAACACUCAGGGUAGCCUUUGUCCAUCCCCCCAGAUAAACUUCAAAUUCUCAUAACAGGGCAGACAAACACUUGAGAAAUAGUGAUGACCAUCUCUGACUCCUUCCUUCCAAGGCAUGCCAGAGGUUGGUUUUGGUCAAGUGCGAGUGAGGAGGUAUAAUUCUGAGGAAGACUCUUCUCUGUUAAUGAGGUGAGGAGGAGCCUGAUGUAGAUGGAAUUCAAGUGAGCUGGACAGUGCUGUGAAGCAGACCCAGAGCCUUGAGAUGGAUCGAGGAGUCAGGUGUGUGGAAUGGAAGAAAAGAUGAACAAUCACGCAGCAAAAGCCAGGAAGGGAUUAAAAGGCUCCAUUGAUGAUGUCCUGGGUGACCUCUUAGGGGAUGACAUGGCCCUACCUGAGACGCCUGUAAAACUAGCUCCACGUGCCAGAGACACCGCAGGCAGGCCUCAGGUGCUCCCUUCAAGGGCUAGAACGAAGUCCCUUCCAGAAGAUGAUUUCCUCAGCACCAUGGCAGGCCUGGCAGGAGCUGAUGGUGAGGUUUCAGACAUCUCGGAUGCAGACCCGCAGGCUUUGCUCCAGGGCAUGAAGGACAUGGACGACAUGGACGCCGACCUCUUGGGUCUGAAGAAGUCUAAACCAGCCUCUAGCAAAACAGCUGCAAAGGGUUCUGGAAAAGAAGAAAAAAAAAAGGAAGAGCUGCCUGUUAUUCCCAAGCCUGCUGGCAACGAGAAAGGAGAUGCCGCUCGCACCAGGAAGCCAGCUCCCUCCCCCGGCAGCUUUAAGCAUCAGUCCAGGAACUUUUCCUUUGAAGAUGUGGAAGACCCAUUGGCAGGACUUCUCUCAGAUGACGAGGAAGGAACUGCCAAGCAGCCGCCCGUGACAGAGAGUAAAACAGCUUCUGACAAGAGCCCCAGCACCAUCAGGGACCAAGGUCCCUCUAUUCCUCUAACUCCUGGUGACACCCCCAUCCGAAAGAAAGGAGAACUGAUGUUUGAUGAUGGGGACGACAUCAUGGCUACCCUGGGGUUUGGAGACAGCCCCGAAGCAGAGAGGGGGCAGACGGGAGACCAGGAAGGGCCCCGCCCCGCUCGUACCAAGCUAGAUGAGCUGCUGGGUCGAGGCACUGCCGCCAAACUCCUGGCGCGCCCGGGCACCGGCGAGCACAGAGAGAUCAAGCCGGACAGGAGUUACCAGAGGUUGCAGGACAAAGAAGAUACCUGGGGCAUUGAAGACUUCACCUUUGGGGCCUAUCAGCCCACCGUGGGCUCCUUAGAGGGCCGGCACUCCCGCCGGCAGUCGGUCAGUAGGUUCUUACCAGAAAGCAGCACAGACCUCAAGGGAGACCUGGGCUCCAGACAGAGCACUCCAGCCGUGUCCAGCCCCAUCCACCCCAGAAAGGGAGGUGCCGACUGGUUGGGCCUUAAGGAUGAUGACUUUGACCUGCUCCCACCCUCUCCCACCAGAGAGGCCCAGAGGGGCGGCUCAGCACUUUCCACGCCCUCAGUGCCCCCUCCUGCCAGCCAGCACUCGGCCCCCAGCCGACACUCAGCCCCGGCUGGUCUGCCUGUCUUAGGGGCAAAGCCUCCUGCUGAGGGUGCAGCUUCCCCUUCCAAAGCCAGCCGGGCCUCCAAGCUGGGAACAUCAGAGGAGAGAGAGGAGGAGGACUGGCUGAGCCAUGCCUUGUCUCGGAAGAAGUCCCAGGGCCUGGUCAGAGAGGAGCAGGCUGGGGCCUCCAGGGGCAGCCAACCUGCUGGCACCCAAAGGCCUGAGCAAGCAGCUCCUGAAGGGACCUCAGGAACAACAGCGCAGGAAGUGCCACCCGCUGGGCCUGACGAGUCCAGGCCUCCUGUGACUUGGAAGCCAGCCACUACGGCUCCCUCUGCAGGCGAUCCAAAGAGAGAACCAGCCCCUGGAGAGCUGUCCAGCACCGAACCUGCCGUUUGUUUCCCAAGCUCCCAGGAACCCCCAGGGUUUUCAGUGCCUGUACAGUCCCUGCACCCUGACCCCCUGCCAAGGAGCCAGAUGCCUGGCGCGACGUGCCAGAGGCAGGUCCUAGCGGCACAGGCACCGCUUCAGGCAGAGCUGCUGCAGAGUCAGGCCCAGCUGGCUGAGCUGGAGGCCCAGGUGCGGAAGCUGGAGCUGGAGCGGACCCAGCACACGCUGCUGCUGGACAGCCUGCAGCAGCGACACCAGGCCGACCUGGAGCUCAUCGAGAGUGCACACAGAAGCCACGUUAAGGUGCUCGAAACGUCAUACCAGCAACGGGAAGAGCGGCUCCGGAGGGAGAAUGAGGAGCUGGUGGCUCGAUACCUGUCUCACUGCCAGGAAGCUGAGCUGGCCCGCACUGAACUGGUCGCCCAGCAUCAGCGGCGCUUAGCAGCUGCGGCACAGGAGAAGGACCAGGAGAUGGAGCGGCUGAGGGAGCUGCAGGGGGCAUCCAUCCUGGAGAUGCGCAAGGACCAUGAAGAGCAGCUGCAGCAUCUGAAGCUGCUGAAGGACCGUGAGAUUGAUGCCGUCACGAGCGCCACCUCCCACACGCGGUCCCUGAAUGGCGUCAUCGAGCAGAUGGAGAAGUUCUCCAGCAGCCUGAACGAGCUGUCCUCCCGCGUGGAGGCCUCGCACCUCACCACCUCCCAGGAGUGGGAGCUGGGGGUCCGGCAGCGUGAUGAGCAGCUCCGAGCCCUGCAGGAGAGGCUGGGCCGGCAGCAGCGGGACAUGGAGGAGGAACGGGGUCGGCUGCAGGAGGUCAUCGCAAAGAUGGAGGCACGCCUGGGUGAGCAGAGCCGGCUCCUGGAGCAGGAGCGAUGGCGUGUGAGUGCCGAGCAGUCCAAGGCUGAGUCUGCGCAGCGCUCCCUGGAGGAGCAGAGGAAGGUCCUGGUGCAGCAGACAGCCAUGGAGAGGGAGGAGCUGGAGCGAGCCAAGAGCGCCCUGCUGGAGGAGCAGAAGUCUGUCAUGCACAAGUGUGGGGAGGAGCGGCGGCGCCUGGCCACCGAGUGGGCCGAGUUCUUCGCGCAGCAGAAGCUGAGUAAGGAGCGGGCAGAGCGCGAGGCUGAGCGGGCGCUGCAGGCGGACACCCAGCGGGAGGGCACCCUCGUCAGCCUGGCCAAGGAGCAGGCGGAGCUGAAGAUCCGGGCCAGUGAGCUCCGGGCCAAGGAGGACCAGCUGGCAGCCGAGAGGGAGGCACUGGAGCGAGAGCGGCAGGAGCUGCAGCUGGAGAAGGAGCGAGUCAACGCGGCCGCCUUGCGUGUCCGGCUCCGCGCUGGGGAGGUGGAGGCCAUGAGCAAGGUGGCCUCGGAAAAGUAUGAGGCUGGGGAGCGGGCACUGCUCGAGGCCCACCAGGUACAGUCGGAGCACCAGGCACGGCUCCGGCAGGUGCAGCAGCAGCAGGAGCAGCUGCGGCAGCAGGAGCAGCACGUGCACCAGGAACAUCUGAGCCUGGCCCAGCAGAGGCUGCAGCUGGAUCGCGAGCUGGAUCGCAUCCAACAGGACCUGCCCUCCGGCCUUGUGGGGCUGCUCUCCAGGCUGCAGGGUCCAGCAGCCCCCAGCCUGAGCGCCGUUGGGACUCUUGCUACCACCAGCCCUCCGUGCAGCCAGCCCCUGGCCAGCCUCGGCCCCUCACACCUCCAUGCCAAGCUGGUGCUGCUGAGACACACGGCCGAGCAGGACCGAGACUUCUUGGAGAAUGAACAGUUCUUUCUGGAGACUCUGAAGAAAGCGCCCUACAAUAUGACAUCGCAUUCAGCCUGAGCGGCUCCCUGGCUGCACCCUCAACCUACGGCGCAGGCCUGGACUCACCCACUGCCCCAGCAGGCAACCAGCUCCAUGGAGGUGGCACUGCCUCCCACCAGGUGCCCAGGGAAGGCUCCAGGUGCCUAGGACUGAUUACAGCUCUUCCUGUAACGGAGUGCUGGCACUUUCUUUCUGAGCGUCUCAGCUAUGGCCAAGAGCAGGCAGCCUCCUGGGCUCCAGGAGUUGGGGGUGCAGCAGCCUCUGGGAAUGGCAUGGUGGUGAGGGCUUCUCAGCCACACGCCCACCUUUAGCAACAGCUUCGGUUCUCCUGCCCCACAGCCAUCCAGCCCCACAGCUGUCCAGCUCACACGCGAGAGUCUAACCGGCAGUGAGUCCACCCAGAGCUGCCUGGGCUCUGUGGAUCCUCCCUUCCUCCACAGGCAUGUGGUCCGGGGUCUUCCUCUUGCUGGGGCCCAAGGAAGGGACUGUUCUCUAGGGGUCCAUGAGGAGCCCUCCACCCGACCCCAUCCCUGAGGAGCUGGCAGAGAUGACAUGAGGCUCCUCCCGAAGGCGAUGUCGUGUCUUGCAGGCCUUGUGAGGGGCCGUGAGGAAGGGGAGGCAUCCCAGGCAAGGAGGGUGUGCCCGGCCCAGUGUGGCCUGGCAUUUGCUGUGCUCUUGGAAUUCAGCCAGCCCUAACUGUCCCAGGUUUGCCUCAGGGUGCCCUCUUCCUUCCUGGCACUGCCUGAAGAGUCUACUAGCUCAGCACAGACACUGGCCUCACGGCUUCUCCUGAGGGGUGCCCACCGGAGAUGGGGUCGGUACUGUGCGACAACGACAGGGACUUGUGGGGUACAAGGAGAGAAGUCCUCUCUGGGCUCCUUGCUUAUGUGAAGCCACGGCGUGCUGGCAGUGAGGGUGGGCAGCCUGAAAGCUCUGCCCUUGGGAGGAACCCCAGCAUCCAGGGACCCAGGAGGUGGCCUGCUGCUCAGGCCACUGCUACCCACAGGUGCCUUCUCAGUUCUCCACUUGUGUGCCCAGGCUGCUAGCAGGGAGCCAGAGGGAGAAGGGACAGGAGAAUUGGCGAUUACCCCAGCAGACCCACGGACAGACCAACUCAACCAAUCACCAUUACUUCCAAAGCAGCUUCCAUCAGAGACUAGUUUAUCCCCUUCUAGUGGAGAGGAGAACACCCACAUGAGCUGGCACCUACAUGCCUAGUGGGCUGGAAGCUGUCAGCUUCAGAGGGAUCCUGUUUAUUUACCGACAAUUCACAGCUUUGUUUUGGACCCAUUAAAUUGCUAUAGUCCUAAUGACCGAAUUCUUAUAAUUUGUCAUGUCUAAUCAGAGUUUGUAAGGAACCCUGGUGGCACAGUGGUUAAGUGCUCAGUUGCAAACCAAAAGGUCAAGUUUCAAACCCACCAGCUGUUCGGGAGAAAGGCCUGGCAAUUUGCUUCCAUAAAGAUUACAGCCUAGGAAACCCUAUGGGGCAGUUCUGUCUCGUCCUACAAUGACUAUGAGUUGGAAUCGACUCAUCGACAACAGGUUUGUUUUUUUUUUAAAUCAGAGUUUGUACUUAUUUAUCAGAAGUGGUCGUUUGGUAGCCCUGUUAUUUGCUGAAAAGCAAGUCCCAAAGAGCAGGCCGGCAUUCCUAUGAAAAAAGCAGCCAGUAAAACUUGCCAGGCUUGGUGCCCCUGGCAGGCACUGACUGCUGCAGCACGCCUGUAAAACGUCCUUAUCAUCAUCCCUGUUUCAGAGAUGAUGAGACAGAGGGGCAGAGAUUAAAUAACUUGCCCAAGAUGAUGUCACAGACAGCAGAGCCUGGGUUGGGCUUCUAGUUGAACAGAUUCCAAAGCCCCAGGCCUCAGCCACAUCUCCUUUCUGGCGCCUUCUAGAACAGCUACACACAGUGCUCCUGGCAAGUAAAAUUUGUCAAGAUGCUUCCCCGGUCGGUGCCUCCACUGACCAGGGAAGCUCCAGGUGCCCCGGUAGAAGCCUUUGUUGAAGCGUGGAAUUCCUUCUCUCAACACACCCUUAGGCAGUGCCCGCCACGAGCCAGCCGUGUGAAGAGCUGGGAUCCGGUGGUGGGCACACAGCAUCGAAGCGGUGACUGGAGGAUGUGGGGUGGUCCGCACAUGUGUGUUGGGGGUUGGUGCGGGGAGGCCAACCUUCAAGGCAGAGGGUAAGGAUUUGAUCUAGAAUUAGGGCCGGGUCAAGAUGGACUUUGUUUAUUUUAUAGAGUUUGACCUUUUAUCUUUAGAGCAGUGGGUAGUUGUCGAAGGACUCUGAACAAGGUUGGAUCUUAUUUGCAUUUUAGAAAACCCAUUCCAGCUAUGAGGUGGCGAACAGAGGGCUGCUUGCAGCUGGGUUGGAGAGAGGACAGGCCACAGUGGACUGUGGACAGGAAGGGCCAGGAAAGGAGAGGGGUCAGGAACCCCAGGCUUCUGGGAUGGGCAGCUGGGUGGUGUCAAGAACACAGGGUGCCCGUGAGAUGGCCAAGCGGAGACAGUCCAGGGGCACUCAUCUAUAGUGACACUUUACUCAGUGCCUGUAACUGUUAAACUAGCAUUAAAACGAGGCAAGUCACCUAAUUGUCCCCUUGUGGAUAGCACUAACUUCCUCCCAGGCCACAGACACUGAAGAGCCACGUGCAGGGAUAAGUGUCCUAUAUCUGCUAGUCUUUCUUUUCCCUGCAGAACUGUGAACUCCUCAGGGCCGUAGGCCUAAUGCUUCAUUCAGUCCCCAGAACUGAGAAAUACUGGUGGAGAGUAAGGAGCCCUGGUGGUGCAGUGGUUAAAGCACUUGGCUGCUAACCAAACGGUCAUCGAUUCAAACCCACCCGCUACUCUGCGAGAGAAAGAUGUGGCAGCCUGCUUCCAUAAAGAUUUACAGCUUUGGAAACCCCCCAGUGAGGCAGUUUCUAUUCAGUCCUAUAGAGUUGCUAUGAGUUGGAAGUGGCAACAGUCGGUUUGGUUUGGGUCUGGUGGAGAGUAGCAAUGAUAAAAGACCUGUGGAGCCACUACUUCCCGUUUCAAGUUAUCAUUCGUGUUAUUUGCUUAAAACUGAGACGUGGGAAUCUGUGCAAAGCCUUCCAAACAGUUAAAUUCUAAGCAAGCCCCGCUUUUUUUUUUUUGGUGCUUUAGGUGGAAGUUUACAGCGCAAGUUAAUUUCUCAAAAAUUUUUACACCUACUAUUUUGCGACAUUGGUUGCAAUCCCCACAAUGUGACAGCACUCUCCCCCUUUUCCAUUCCAGGUUCCCUGUAUCCAUUCAUCCGGUUCCUGUCCCUUUCUGCCUUCUUGUCUUGCUUUUGGGCAGGAAUUGCAUAUUCGGUCUAGUAUAUUUGAUGCAACUAAGAAGCACCUUCUUCACAUGUGUUAUUGUUUUUCAUAGGCCUGUCUAAUCUUUGUCUGAAAAGUUGGCUUUGGGAGUGGUUUCAGUUCUAAGUUAGCAGAGUGUCCAGGGGCCAUAGUCUCAGGGGUUCCUCCAGUCUCUUUCAGAUCAGUGAGGGUAGUCUUUUUGUCAUGAAUUUGAAUUCUGUUCUACGUUUUUCUCCCAUUCUGUCUGGGACUCUGCUGUGAUCUCUGUUAGAGUGGUUGGUGGUGAUAGCCAGGCACCAUCUAGUUCUUCAGGGCUCAGGCUGGUGGAAGCUUCAGUUCAUGUGGACCUUUUGUCCUUUGGGCUAGUAUUUUCCUUGUGUUUUGGUUUUCUUCAUUCUCCUUUGCUCUGGACAGGAUGGGACCAAUAGGUGUAUCUUAGAUGGCCACUCACAAGCUUUUAAGACCCCAGACACUACUCACCAAAGUGGAAUGCAGAACAUUUUCUUUGUGAACAAUGUUAUGCCAGUUGACCUAGAUGUCCCCAAGACUAUGGUCUCCAGCCCCAAGCCCCACUCUUAAGGGGUUCUGGGACAGUGAGAGAACAGUAAAAAUUCUCAAAACUAGGGAGCAGUGGAGGAAUACCAGCACCCGGUUGACAAGCGUCCAUGCCUGUGACUCUGGAGGGCCUGUGUGGCUUCCUUUCUUGAGAAGCAGGUUGGGAGAACUGGGGGCUGGACUGGGUGGGAGGAGGUGAGAUUACAGGCAAGUAGAAGACAAUUCAGAAACAAAAGGAAAGACAGAACAAAAAGGAAAAGGAGAGCCCAAUGUAAAUAUAAAGUUAAGACAAGCUUCUCAAGGCCAGAGGCCCAAACCAGUGCUACCGAAAUGGAAAAUGAGGGAAAUUCAAAGUGAGGGAGACAGGUUUAGCUGUUUGGACACUGUUUAUGCAAACCAAUUUCACAACUGCCACUUCUUGCUGGAUAGAGAGACCCCCUCAUCCUGUUGUAGCACAAAUGUGAGGAUCCAGGCCUCUGCUGGUGCCAGACCAACUCAGCUGGUGACACGUCCUGGCUUGAAAGCAUCUUGGAGGGACCACUCCAGUGGGGCUGGGAGGUAGCCGGGCCACAGGGAUAAAGGUGAGGGGGUGGAAGGCAGCAAUGGCAGCAUGUGCAAAGGCCCUGUGGCCACAGGGAGCAAAAUGUCAGAGUGAAUGAAGAAGGUUUAAUGUAGCAGAAGCUUGAGUUCCAGGACAGAGGUACCAAGUUUUCCCUUAGAACUGGAUCCUAAGAGCAACGCAGAGCCUUAGUUGGAAGGGUUUGGGCAGGGACACAAUUUCAUUUCUGUCUUCACCAGGUCACUUACGCCGCUGUGUGGAUAUUAACUGGAAAGUGCCAAAAGCGAACAGAAACAGUACUUUAAGUGCUUCACAUAAACUUACUUCACCCUCCCAACAACCUUAUUUGGUAACACUAUUACCUGCUUUUUUUCUUUCAAAUGAGGCUAAAUCAUAGCAAGGGUAAUGGGAAGGUCACAAUCUGGAAUCUGAACUCAGGCAGUCUCCCUCCCCCAUGAUGCAGCACCACGGGGAGUUCGGGGUGCCCCGUUCAGGGCUUGGGCGUGUUCGCUGAACUGCACCGACAGCGCCGCGGGGCGGCUGGC